AUGUUUGAUUAUUUAUCGUCAGUCAUCGAGUGUGUGAAGGCGAAAAAGAGAACCGGGAACCCAGCCAACGUGCAUCAGAUGAAGAAGCAGGACAAGACAGAGAAGCAGAGCGGGACGAGGAAGCAGGACCGGAUGAAGAAGCAGGACCGGAUGAAGAAGCAUGCCGGGGUGGCGAAGCAGGAAGGGAAGAACGAAAUGCCCGAAAGGCUUGCCGCGGCGGAUGUACCUGCUCUGAUAAAAUUCCCAACGCGUCAACCGGCCAGUUAUGUCCCAUAUCACGCCUCAACCUACCGAUUCGCUGCUUUCCUUACCAUACCACUCGCUAUCUCGUUGCUCCUUUUCUGGAUGAUCACGCAUGGUUCAUCCGAAGCUGUAGCAUCGUGGGAGAUACUACCAGCCAUGUACCUUCUGCUAUUGGUGGUUUGCUUUGUACUGCCCCAUGUAAGACUGUCACGCAGCGGAAGGUAUCGCUUUUUGUCCACGCUGAAACGGGUCAGCGUUGGGGGAUUGGCUGAAGCUCAGGAUGGGAAAUUCGGUGAUAUUCUUCUUUCGGAUGUUCUGACGAGCUAUGCCAAAGUCCUUGGCGACCUCGCCGCUUGCGCAUGCAUGUUGAUUUCGAAGGGCGUUUCAAGCACAGGCAUGCCCAAUCGAGGUUGUGGAGGUUCUUUCAUGGUUCCAUUCAUUAUCAGCAUUCCUAGCAUCAUUCGCUUGAGGCAGUGCCUGACAGAGUUCCUACGCGCCCGGAAACAACGUCAGGGAUUGAGUGGCUCGGGAGGUCAGCACCUCGGCAAUGCGCUAAAGUACGCCAGCGCCUUUCCUGUUAUCGCUCUGAGCGCACUGCAACGAGGUUAUGACCCGGCCAAGAUCAACAUGAGCGAGGCUGGCCUAUUCAGGCUUUGGAUGUUUUGCGUGUUCUUGAACUCCUUCUAUUCAUUCUAUUGGGACGUCUCCAAAGACUGGGAUCUAAGCCUUUUCUCAUCAUCCUCAAAACGGAAAGAUCCUGAGCAUCCAUAUGGGCUUCGUAAGCAUCGGUUCUUUCCCUCGGACAAGAUGUAUUAUGCAGCAAUCGUCGUGGAUUUCCUCCUCAGAUGCACGUGGAGUUUCAAGCUUUCGCCACAUUUAGAUCACUUUAAUGACUUGGAAGGUGGAAUAUUCACGAUGGAGAUUUUGGAAGUUGUGAGAAGGUGGAUGUGGAUAUUCCUCCGUGCUGAGACCGAAUGGGUACGAACCCACUUUGGGCCUCCACCCGACGAUAUCUUGCUUGGAGACUUUGGUAAUAAAAUAGAUGAGGAUUGA